AUGCUUCGACUAACGAUUCUAACGUGUUUCCUGUUCGUCGCGUUGAGCGCGGCGGCGGAACCCUGGUACAAAAAUGCCAUCGUGUACCAAAUCUAUCCAAGGAGCUUCAAAGACAGCGACGGAGACGGCAUCGGCGACCUGAACGGUAUCACGAGUGAGUUGGAACACGUGGCGGACAUCGGCGCGGACGCUAUCUGGCUGUCGCCGAUUUACAAGAGUCCGCAAGUGGAUUUCGGCUAUGACAUCUCCAACUUUACGGACAUCGAGCCAACUUAUGGAACGCUGGCGGAUUUCGACCGACUGGUUAAAAAGGCCAAGUCCCUCGGGCUCAAGGUGAUCCUGGACUUCGUGCCUAAUCACACCUCUCAUCAACAUCCCUGGUUCAAGGAGAGUAGCCAGAAGACCGGAAGGUACGACGACUUCUACGUUUGGCAUGACGCCAAGAUAGUCGAUGGGAUAAGACAUCCACCAAACAAUUGGCUGAGCAAUUUCCAAAACUCUGCCUGGGAAUGGAACGACGUCCGGAAGCAAUACUAUUUGCAUCAGUUCACCACUGGUCAGCCGGACUUGAACUACCGGAACGCGACCCUGAGGCAAGAGAUGAGUAAAAUGAUCCUCACCGAAGCAUACGCCUCUCUCGAUCUAACCGUCAAGUACUACAACUCUGGGUCCACCGUUCCCUUCAACUUCAUGUUCAUCGUCGAUCUGCACAACAAUUCCAACGCGAUGGACUUCAAAAGAUUGAUCGACAGGUGGAUGAAAGCCGUGCCGAGCGGCAAGGUGGCGAACUGGGUGGUAGGCAAUCACGACAACCAUCGGGUAGCCUCGAGAUUCGGUAGACAUCGAGCCGACGAGAUGACCAUGCUAGCGAUGACUCUGCCUGGCAUAGCGGUCAUUUACAACGGCGACGAGAUCGGAAUGGAGGACAGGAACUUCACAUACAAGGAGACGGUUGAUCCAGUUGGAUGCAACUCCGGUCCCGCCAGAUACUACUUGAGAUCCAGAGAUCCCGAGAGAACGCCCUACCAAUGGGACAACACCACCAGCGCCGGUUUCUCCACCAACAAGACAACCUGGCUGCCCGUCCAUUCGAAUUACAAAACUCUGAACUUGAAACGUCAGAAGGAAGAGUACUACUCUCAUUAUCAGGUUUUCAAGAGUCUGAUGAACGUGAAGAAACGGCCGGUGAUCGAACGGGGCUCGUUGAAGGUCGAGGUGUACGAUCAGAGAAUUCUGAGUAUCACUCGCGCUUUAGGGAACGACACUGUUAUUGUUAUGACCAACCCUUCCAGCAAACCUGCCGCUGUGAACAUUUCUUCCAGAAACGUUCCUCCUGUCCUCAUAGUUUACACCGCCGGCAUUGACUCGAAUGUUCGCCCGGCGCCGGCGGAGCCAAUUCGCGAGUCCUCGAAUAUUCAUAGAAUAAUUAGAGCGCGGCGUUCUUUAAGUCGGGUGUCCGAGGGAGGAGAGAUUUUGUGUGGUAACGUACCGAUUAAAAGUACCGCGAUACUUGAAAUUUGCGGGGAUUCAACGGGAACCGAGAGAGAAGAAAAAUUAGUUUGGCCAAGUUGGUCCGUGGCUGGCGUCGCGUCACGCGAAUCGCAGGUAACAACAUCGGGCAGUAACGGCUUGAAUUCCACGAAAUUUUCCGUGAAGCCGGUAGCCGGUAGAGAGAAAGUGGAGAGCAUUGUUCGGUCGUUCUCCAGAAGACGCAGCGAGGUAUGGAGAUGGGGCGGUGGUGGCGAGAGCUGGCGAGAGGUGGUGAGACGCGGCAUGCCGUUGGAGGCCCCCGUGUUGUACGCAUACGAGUGCCCGAGUGGAAAUUCUCAAGUUUUCAUGCAGACAGCCUCCAGUGUGCACCGCCACGCUGCUGCACCAAUCACGUUGAGUGCACAUUCUUCAACCUAUCCUGCUGUCUCUUGUUCCCCUUGGUCGUCCAAGCAGUUACCUCUCGAUAUACGAAGGAAUAUUGAUGACAAAUUCAACCUCUCCAGGCAAAAUCAUAUAUAUCAUCCCUCGUUGACGGAGAGCACGGUCAUGAAAUAA